AGCGAGACACGCCUUUCCCCUGGCUUGCAUUUCUUCCGCGGCGAGGCGUCUGUGGACGCGCGCCCGCGCAUGUGAGUGAGUGAGAGUGAGAGUGUGUGUGAGUGUGAGCGUGCGUGCAUGCGACAGGGCCGCGGUGCGUGAGCGAAGGACGAGUGUGCUGCUCCGCCUGACAAUGGAGCUGCAAUAGGCGGGGGUAGCAGCAGCAGCAGCAGCACCAGAGGCAGCAGCACUGCCACCAAGAGCCUCCGCCGCCUCCUCCUCAGCCUUCCCGCUGCGACCCGCUCCUCCUCCUCCUCCCUUGGCGAUGCCGAACCAGAAGAGUAACAAGGGCAAGAAGAACAAGCGCGCCAACAGCAGCGGGGACGAGCAGGAAAAUGGAGCCCUGGCCGCAACGGGAGCUGCGGGCGCCGGAGGAGUCCUGGCCGCCGUGGCUGCGGUCGGAGCAAGCGGGCCCGUGGCGGCUGCAGGAGGUGGAGGAGGAAGCUCCGGGGGAGCGACGGCGGCGACGGGCUCGGCUUCGAGCGACUCCAAAAACGAAGCACCUUGUGCUACACCACUGUUGUGUAGCUUUGGACGGCCUGUUGACCUAGAAAAAGAUGACUACCAGAAAGUUGUUUGCAACAAUGAGCAUUGUCCCUACAGCACUUGGAUGCAUCUUCAGUGUUUUUACGAAUGGGAGAGCAGCAUUUUGGCUCAAUUUAAUUGCAUCGGAAGAGCAAGGAGUUGGAACGAGAAACAGUGUCGGCAAAAUAUGUGGACCAAGAAAGGAUAUGAUCUUGCCUUCCGUUUUUGUUCAUGUCGAUGUGGGCAAGGCCAUUUAAAAAAAGACACGGAUUGGUACCAAGUAAAACGAAUGCAAGAUGAAAAGAAGAAAAAAUCAGGGUCCGAAAAAAGCAGUGGAAGAUCAACAUCUGAGUCUUCAGAAGAUCUUAAAAAGUGCCGGUCUGCUAACAAACCACAGAAAGGUUUAAACCAUGAUCUCCAACGACGGCAUUCAAUGGACAGGCAAAACUCUCAAGAGAAAGGCACUGCUGGUGGUAGCUAUGCAGUCCGUUCUCCCUGUGGUUCUCCUGGACAGUCCCCCCCUGCAGGUUAUUCUGUUCUGGCCCCCACCCAUUUCAGUGGCCCCCGCUCUUCACGAUACUUAGGAGAAUUUUUGAAGAAUGCCAUUCAUUUAGAACCUCAUAGAAAGAAUAUGGCCAAUAGUGGUUUGUUUAGAAAUGCUCACUUUGAUUAUGGGACAUCUGGGUUACAAGUACACAGAUCAGGACAUUUUGAUGCCCCAGUACAAUUUUUGAGAAGGCUUGAUUUAUCUGAACUCCUUGCUCACAUACCUAGACAUAAAUUGAACACUUUCCAUGUCCGCAUGGAGGAUGAUGCCCAAGUGGGUCAAGGAGAAGAUUUACGUAAAUUCAUUCUUGCAGCACUCAGUGCCAGUCAUCGAAAUGUUGUCAACUGUGCGUUAUGCCAUAGAGCAUUGCCUGUAUUUGAACAGUUUCCACUGGUGGAUGGAACCUUGUUUCUUAGCCCAUCAAGACAUGAUGAAAUUGAGUAUGAUGUUCCCUGUCACCUUCAAGGAAGGCUUAUGCACCUAUAUGCUGUUUGUGUAGACUGUUUAGAAGGAGUUCAUAAAAUUAUCUGCAUAAAGUGCAAGUCUCGGUGGGAUGGAAGCUGGCAUCAGCUGGGAACCAUGUAUACUUAUGACAUUCUAGCAGCCUCUCCUUGUUGUCAGGCUCGGCUGAACUGUAAACACUGUGGGAAACCUGUUAUAGAUGUACGUAUUGGGAUGCAGUAUUUCUCAGAAUACAGCAACGUUCAGCAGUGUCCACACUGUGGAAAUUUGGACUAUCAUUUUGUGAAGCCAUUUUCCUCAUUUAAAGUUCUGGAGGCUUAUUGACAAAAGCUUUGCCAUAGUAAUAGCUAUUUUAUGAGUAUUGUUCCAUUUAUUUUACAUAUCUUUUAUAAGAUCUGCUCUGUGAAGAGGAGGGGGGGCUUUUUUUCUAACUGAAAUGAAAGUACAGCAGCUUUGCGUGAUUGUGUACAUGUGUUCCUGUGUAGAUGUGUGUCAUUCAGACAGAGGUCCUCUUGCCAUGAUUUCAGUGAAGGCUGGAGAUGCAGCGCCAUCUUUUUUUUCUCUCUAUCAUAUUAUUCUAAUUCUUUUCCAGAUGUGUUGGGAUCACACUGCCUGGGUAUUCAAAAAAAGAUGUUCCAUCGCAUCUGGGAAGUUGUCUAUAUUUACCCAGGUUGGAGAGAAAAUUCCAUUCUAUUUGUUCCCUUUAUUAAAUGAAAACAGUGACUCCAAGAUAAGGAGAAGUUGUUGUAGGUUGGAGAGAUGAACAGCUUUUCGUAAACGUGUAGAAGAAAGUAAAUUCUAAGUCUGCCCAGAUGAAGGGUGAAAGUGGUUCCAUGCUAAGCAGCACUCCCAUUACUGUUGCCUUUUCCCAUGCACUCUAAUAUAUUUCAAGGCCUAAUAUAACAUAUGGAAGAGGGAGGGGAGGUGUGCCACAGGAUCACAAAUUGACAUAACCUUUCCGUUGCUUAAUGUUAAUCCACAGACUUCACGUUUGUAUGCAGAUCCUAUCUGUACUAGAUAAACUAAGAAAGGAUGCUUGGUUGUUGUACAGCCAGCUUUUCAAAGACAUUUUCCUUGUGUGUACCUCUGUUCAAUGAUUAUCUUUGUAUUUUGUUCCUUUGUUGAAUUUUCAUCAUUCCUGGGAGCAAAAUCAUGACUUGAUAAUAUUAGUAGUGCUGGUUAAUACAGUUUGAGACUCAGUUGAGGUAAACUUAACCAUUGACAAAUGAAUGUAAUACUAUGUCAGAAAAUGCACUGUUUAAAACUUUUAUUUUUGCAUAGUGUCUUCCUGGGAUAUAUAUUUGAUAAUCAUAGUUACUCUCACUGACAGAUCAUACUGUUUCCACUAACACUGUAAUUCAAACAGUCAGGGAAAUUUCUACAAAAAACCCCAACAAGCUAACAAGCUUGCAAUUUUAAUAAGUUGUUUUAUUUCAGCUUUUUUCAAGCAUUUUUAAAGUCACCUUAGAGUGUUCGGUAGUACUGCAAAACUCAUUAAAAAAUCUGUUAUCAAGAGAGGUAUCUGCAAUUUACGUUGCAGAUUUUUUUUCAUUGUGAUUAACCCUUGUCUCUUUAUACAGUUAUAGUAAACGAUGUUCAAACUAAAUGAAGGAUGAUAGAUUAGUGUGCCUUCCUGUGAAUUAAUUUUCAUAUAGGUUGAAAUAUUUAAUAAUUUCUUUACAGUAUUUCAAUAGUGUUCUUUAAAACUGAAUAGUGUUUAUAGAACAGUUUUUAUUAGUUGUUCACAUAUCAUCUGGAAACAUAUCUGCAGAAAUACUUCCAAGAUUAUGUGUGCAUAUAUGGGUUGUGUAUAAACAGACAAGGAAUCAAUUAAAAGACUUCAGCAUAUUUAAGGUUCAUACAAAGGGUUCUGGUUCAAAACAGCUGCUAAAGUAGUAGCUUACGCUAUCUUGUUGAAAAAAUAGACCUCAAUAUUUUGAACCUCCCUGUUUUGGAUACAUGUUAUCAUGUGAGGUGCUUUGUGCCCCAUGACUUGUGGAAUUCACUUUAUGUCUUUUGAAACCUAGCUUGAAUUAAGUUGUAUUAAAACAGGAUAAACCCACUUUUUAGUACCUAUUUUGAAAUGGCACUUUUACUUAAUUUUUAAAAACUUUUAAUUUAUGAUAAAUUAAAAGUGAAAUAAUUGAAAUGAUUCUUUUUUGUACUCCUCAGAGAUACAAAAACAAAACCUAAGAAAUUUAAGAACAAAAUAAUUAUUUUGUUGUUCUUUUAUCAGUAUUGUAAUUACUUUGUCUGUACAUGUGCAAAAUUUUUGUUAAAAGUGAAUGCUCAGUCUUUUGAAAUUUGAUAGUAUUAUUUGGUUUUUCAGCACAAAUUGUUCAACAUUAGAAACAAAUGAUCUACUUGAAAAUGGAAUGUUUUAUUGAACUAUAAUUAUAACAUUAUUUCCAAAGAUGAGCAGGUAAAUGUAAUUAAUGUAGAUCAGCACUAAGGAGCAAAUGAGCUGUCACAUCAGAAAUUUGUAAUAAGAUUUUUCAAUAUAAUUUUAUUUUAGGUUUUUAUGAAUAUUGCAUGUGAUAAUUUGGAGUCUAUUGCAAUGAUGUGAUGGGUCAGUGUGGGCAGUGGGCAGUAUAAACUUAUUUCCUUUUCCAGAGUUGUUGUGAAAUGUCGCAACAGUAACAUUCAGUUAUAAUUUGGAUGAUUGUUCUAGGCUACUUAGCUCAAAAUAGCUCUGGGGGAAGAAGUAAUUUAGAUGGGGGGAGGGAAGAUUAGCAGUUCUUCAACAUGAUGCAAGCUCCAUCAAGUAGCCCUGAAAAAAAAGAUGUACAGAGAAAUAAUUACAUUUUUUAAAGUGCAGUUUUCUCUGUUUUGUUUCAAUUGUUGGGUCUGUAACUUGCAGAUUUGGGAAUACUAGUUUCAGACCAACUGAAGAGUGUUAUUUGUGGGAUGAUUAUUCUAGUGUGUGUAAGCUCUGUGGAGUUUUGGUGGAUCUAAUCACUCCAAAUUUUGUACUGGAUAAUAAACAUUGUAUAGCAACAAUAAUCUAUUGAAAGGAAAAUGCUGCAUUGGGAUCAUGGCAGGCAUGAAUGAAAAGACACACAUGCUUCAAAAGUAUAAUAAAAUGGAUAUCCAAUAAUACGUGGUCUGAUGAACUAUGUUUUCUUUCAGCCCUGCAAGACUGUCAAACUGUUUGAAAUAUUUGGAUUCUAAUUUCCAAAAACAUUCAUUGUUAACAUUAUUGUACUUAUUCAAGACGGGGGAAUAGUAGUGAGGUAUUUUACUUUUCAAUUCAAUUGGAUUUUUCUAUUGAGGUUUUUCUGAUACUGUUUAUUUUCUAAUUUGCAUGCCGUGUACAAUUUAGCAUUUGAUUUGGAUUAUAAAUCAUGUUCCUCUUUCCCAUCACCAUGUAAAGAUUUGAACGUUGGCAGUUGUAUAUUUGUCACUGCCUGAGGCAUAGAGUUCCUUCCUAAUUGAUAUAUUUGAUUGACAUUAAAUUAUACAGGAAUGAUAGAGGCCGUGAACUCAUAUUUAUGUGCAUGCAUUACCCACAACCUGCAUACAUAGAACACAAUGUUAAAUAUGUCAGGCAUUACUCGGUAACAAGUUUCAUAGGGGCUACUACUCCUCCUCUCUACUUCACUCAGUGUGAAUUGCCCAGGAAACCUCAUAUCCAUAGCCGUCAAGUUUUUUUUAGCUUCAAAGGUAGUAUUCAUCAACUUGCUCAUUCAAAAUUUAAGGCGAGUACUAAAGCAGAGUAGCAGCAUAGUAAUCAAAAUCCAAAAUCACAGAUAUCAAGAAAAAUAUAAGGCAAAUAAAUACUAUGUUUGCAGUUUAGAAAAAGGAGGGAGGGAGAGAGGGAGUGUGGUUUCUUAUGCACGUUCCCCCUGCAGAUAUUUGGCAUCCUUCAGUAUUGAGGAAAAUUGCUCCUAGGGGGCUUCGUGUAUUCAUUGAAGCUGGCAGUAUGAAAAUUGAGUUCUAUGGGAUGUGUUGGUUAUAUUUUAGCAUCCGCUCAAAUUAUGUCUCCACAAAUGCUUGUUGUGGGUCUGGCCAUUUAAAAAGGGAAUUUGCAGAAUUGCAAUUAAUCUUAAAUAAUACAGGAUCAAGACAUUGAGAGAGUAGGAAAUAAAUUGGAUGAAUUGCACAAAAAAGGACACUUUCAUUAGCGAAAAUCAUUUCUGGGCUGUUUACAUGCUAAUAUGAAUCUUACAAAUAAAUGCAUUUCUUUUUUUAAUUAAAAAAAGCAUAUUAAAAAUUUCCUAAAACCAACCUGAUAUAAGAUUGAUAUCUAUAGUGUAUAAAUUACCUAUUGUGGGUUAGCAUCAUCAGUACCUCCCCAAAAUAACAGUUCUUGAUAUAUAUGAAUUUGAAUUAAUUUGACCUUCUUGAUGAUUGCAUAUAAUGCUAUAUCACAUAAAUUGGGGCUGACAAAUCCGUCGAAAGUAGAGCUUCACAGUGUACUAGACAGUAAACGGCAGCUUUCUUUGAAAUGUUAAAGCAGCUGCACAGCUGCAUCUUUUUUCUAAGUUUCCACAGUUGUUUUAUAAACUGCCACUUAUCAUCUCCAUGUGUAGAAUAGAAUAGAAUAGAAUUCUUUACUGGCCAAGCGUGAUUGGACACACAAGGAAGUUGUCUUGCUGCAUAUGCACUCAGCGUACAUAAAAGAAAAGAUACAAUAGUCAUAUAUAGCCAUUUCACUUUGCCAAGGUGUGCAACAAGAGAUAUAUCCUGUAAUGCAUCUGGCAGAAAUUUCUUUCCGCAGUCACCACCAUAAUGUCUGUAUUAUAUCUCUAAACUGUUUUUCUUCUUAAAUAUUGGAAGACCAUGUUAAAUUCUUUUGCUGUGUCCACAUCAUCUUUUCCAAACUUUAUAAAACUUUUUAUUCACCAUGGCAUUUGUAUUUGAUAACACGAUGCUAACAUUGUGGCAGAAAAUUGUUCCAAUAUGGGUAACCACACCUCCACAUACAAAUAACAAAAUGAAGAUAUUAAAUAUUAAUUCUGCAUUUUCCCGCCCUUUGUGAAGAGAAAGGAAAAUGUGUUCCUAAAAAAA